CCAAUAUCCCACAAGAUUGGAUUAAAGAUCAUGGCUUUUUAUGGGGGACGUAGUAUAUCCAAACCGGCACACCUCAGCUCUCCUAUUCAAAACCUUCUAGUGGCUUCCCAUGACACUUGGAAUAAAAUAAACUUUUAACCAAGACCUGUGAUGCCCUGCCUGCUCUGACCCACCUUCCUUUCCACCCUCCUCUCCAGGCCACCCACACCUUUACCUCCCUAGCCAUGGACUUCGGCCACACUGGCUUUCUUACUCUUUUCUGAACAGGUCAAGCUCAUCCCCUUCCCAGACUUUGGCUUUUGCUUUUCCUUCUCCUGGACCUUCACCUGGCUCUCUCCUCGUCAUUUAGGCCUUGGCUUCAAUGUCAUCUCCUAGAGGGCCUUUGCAAAGCAGCCUUUUGAAAGAAUCACCCCCAUGCUACCCUAUUUUAUCUCCCUCACUGCUCUCACCAGCUCCUGGGUUUAUCUUAUUGAUGUAAUUAUUGUCCCUUGUCCCUCACCUACCAGAGUGUAAGUUCCCAGGGGUAGGACAUCCUCUGUCAGAUGCACUGCUGAUUCCCCAGUGCCGAGAAUAGUACCCAGCCCGUAGGCCCCUUCUUUGAGCCUCGUUGUUCUCAGGAGGAUGCAGUAAUGGAACUGUGUGUUCCCCUCUGACCAUCCCCCAGCACCCAGCACAGUCCCUGGCAUACAGCAGGUGCUCCGUAAAUAAACAUACAGCAAAAUGGUUGCAGGUAUUAGCAAUAGCAGCCACGGUGACAGCCCAGUGAUGAAGGUGUUCUUACCCCUGUUGACAGAUGAGGAGACUGAAGCUUAGGGGCAGUGACCUGCCUGGGGUGCCAGAGCUCGUGAGAAGCAGACUUCUCCAAACGUUGGCGAAUAGUGAAGAGGUGUGCAGGGACCAGGAAGCUGGCAUGUUCCCUGAUGUGCCUGAAGAAACAGGACCUGUACAACAAGUUCAAGGGGCGUGUGCAGGCAGCUUCUGCCAGCUCCAGGUCCCCCUGGGUGGAGUCUGAGUACCUGGAUUACUUUUUUGAAGUGGAGCCGGCCCCACCCCUCCUGGUCCUCACGCGGAUGGAGAACGUCCUGAGCGUCAAUGCCACGUACCAGCUGCCCCCGUGCUUGCCCCUGCUGGAUCUGAAGUAUGAGGUGGAUUUCUGGAAGGAGGGGACUGGGAAUAAGACCCUAUUUCCAGCGACCCCCCACGGCCAGCCAGUCCAGAUCCCCCUCCAGCCAGUCACCAGCGGCCACCACUGCCUCAGCGCCAGGACUGUCUAUACCUUGACUGCCCCCAAAUACAGCAAGUUCUCUGAGCCCACCUGCAUCUUCCUGGAGGCCCCAGGAGCCACAUGGCCAUUCCUGGUGCUGCCACCACUUCUGCUGCCGCUGCUGGUGGUGAUUACCACAGGGGCUGUAAUCUGGAAAAGCUUCAUGGGGAACCCCUGGUUUCAGCGGGCCAAGAUGCCAAGGGCUCUGGACUUUUCUGGACGUAGAACCCCCGUGGCCGCCUUUCAGCCCAUUGGCCCAGAAUCCCCAGACGACCUGUUCCUCUGUCCCAAAAAGGAACUCACCAGAAGGGUCAGGCUGACCCCUGGAGUCAGGGCUGCAGCCACCGUGCAGGCUGAGUCGGAGAAGGACAGCACAGAGGACGAGGAGGAAGACACAGAUAACAGCGACAGCUUCCAGCCUUACAUCAGACUACCCCCCUCCCUGGGGCAAGAGCGCCAGAUCCCGGGGCGCUCUGAGGCCGAUGGUCCAGACUCAAGGGGGCCCUGCAUUCCUCUGGUCCAGGAGGAAGACUCCCCUGCUUGGGAUUCUUCAGACGGAAGCCAGGCCAGCACCGUGGACUCCUUCCCCUGGGACGCGGCUGAGACCCCUGGCUAUUUGGCCAAAAAGGGGGCAGGCAAGGGGAUGGAUGGGGACAGGCAUUGGGAUCCUCGCCCACUACCCGAAUUCCCCAAGGACUCAGGUUUCCUGGAAGAACCCUCGAAAGACGGCCUCUCCCCAUGGGCCACCUGGGGCUCCUCGUUAGCAGGGCCGAAUCUGGUCCCCGGGGAGUCCCCGGUUUCUCUCCAGACAUUGACCUUCUGCUGGGACAGCAGGCCCAAGGAGGAGGAGGAGGAGGAGGAGGAAGAAGAGGAUGGAGGGGAAUCAGAAACUGAGGACAGCGGAGCUGGCAGCUGGGGAACUGAGAGUCCCCAGGGCUCUGGGGGCAGGGAUGGGCUGCUCGGGCACUACAUGGCAAGGUGAGCCCCACCUCACGCUUCCCAGCGAGUCUGGCCCUGCUGCCCGGCUGCUGGCUCCCCCAAGGACUCAAGACGUCACCAAGACUCGAGAGCCUGUGGACAUCCCUGCGGCCCAAGGGUUCUCACAGCACUUCCAGGAUCCCAACCUAGAAGCUGCGUGGCAGCUGGGGGGAGUGGUGAGAAGCCGCCCCCUCCUAUGACCCAGCCUCUGAGGGCUGAGCUCCCAGGAGCUGGAGACAAGGAUGGGCUGAGGUCGAGGGUUGGUUAAGUGUCAGAUCCCACGACCUGUUAUCCCUGAGGUCACAGACCAGGUGAAGAAAGCAUCUCCGGACAAUGUGCAACAGGUGAGGUCAGGUCGCAGGAGACAUCAGGGGCUGACGCCACUGAAGAGCCGGCUGGAAUUUGUUGGGGAGAGGCGUUCCCACUGGAGGCGCUUCUGGUGUAGCAGAGCCUCGGACCUUCCGCCAACCCCCGCCAAGCUCCCGCUUCCCCCACGUCAGGUCUCCCAAGUCACGAGUCCCCUAGCAUGGGCCCAGAUGAGGGCGAUGGAGGGGAAGGAAAGGGGAGAUCAUCAUUCAAACCCCAUCCUUGGGGUCAUGGUAUUGCACAGUUUUUUAAUAGAUCCAGGUUCAAAAGUGCCAAUCACUGGCUGUAUGAUCAUAGGUGAGGGACCUUUGCUCCCUGAACCUCAGUUUCCUCAUCUGUGAUACCCUCUGGGCUGCUGUGAGGGUUCAGGGAGAUCUCAGGUGUGUGUAGCGUGGUGCCUUUCCUAUGGUUCGUGCUCUUUGCAUGGGGGCAGGUAGGAUUCUCCAUCAUCCAGGCUGAGAAGACCCCUCCCUGGGCAUCUCCCACCUGCAACACCCAAACUCAGGGCAGCUGGAAGCAGUCACCUUUCAGCCUGUCUUACCUCUGGUCUACCUCCUCCUAGUCUACUUCCUCCCACUUUCCCUGCCCCCCACUUCCCCUUCAGGACACUGAGCUCUCAGAAGCCAGAGCCCAGCCAAGGGGGAUCGUAGUCCCUCUUCCUUUUCCCAAAAACAGGAACUCUGCUUCCCAAGGCAACGAACCCAGUGGUCCCCCUUCCGGGGGGGUCCAAUGUGUUGGGAAUUGGACACCUGGGCCUGCAAUCACUGUUUUGGGUAGCACUUUAAACCCUCUGGUUGACUUUUGGGGUCAUAAAGGAGAAGUCUUUUUCCUUCCAGUUCUAAGAAACUGUCUUCUGGAAACAGCUGACUGUCCUCACCUGAGGGUAGUGAUGGGCAUUCUCAGACAACUGCUUUGUUAACCUACACCCAUCUGUAAUAUGGACAAGCAUACCUGAGUUUUCACCCAUAGGACCAAGACUUGUGUCUGUUUUGUGGCCAGGGGCCUGAACAAUCUUAGCUCUGUGACCUGAGCCCGGCUAUUUAACCUGCCAGGACAUCCUUUUCUCCAUUUGUCAUAAGAAGACCUUUGUACCUAUUUUAUCUACAGGGCUGUGUUGUUUGAAGACAUCAUGAGGGUAUGGUAUUAAAAGACAAAUAUGGAAAAGUUCCAAGAAGUUGUCUAGUCCAGAGGUUCACAAACCAGGCUGCCAAAAGGCCUUGGGUUCCUCAGGGAGAGGUCUCAGCUGGGGGGAACCACAGGGCUGGGGCCCACCCCUCAACUUCAACCUACACAGCCUCAUGUGCCCGGCUUUGCAUACAGUGGCCUUCCACUUGAGGUUUAUUUAGGAAAUGAAGAAAAAGCUAGCGAACCACUGUUGUAAUGAAGAAGCCAAGGCCCAGGGUGGCAGAGGUACUUGCCCAAGGUCACCCAGCAAGGUUUAAGGUGCAGUUGGCUCCCAAAUGGCAACUUAUCGUUGCCACGUCCAACAAAGGGCCUAGAUAGCGGCCAGGAUUUCCAAAUGGCACUAAGCUGGCAGGAAGCCUUCACUGCUGCUGGGGCUCACCCGUUCUACCAGGGGUUUCCCCCGCAGUGAGGCUUAUCCCCAUUGUUGAACUCAGAGGAGGAAGGACAAACCGAAACCACAGGCUGGAGCAGACUGUGACUCAGGCCCGCUCCCCGGGAAAUGCCCAGACCCUGCCCGGCCGGGAUGCUUCACGCAGGUAACGUCACCAAACCAAGAGCUGUCAUUGCUAUUGCCUUAGUCUUCUCUGAAGUAACCACCUUAUUCUUUAAGUCCUGUUUUGUUUCUUAAGAAUUGUUUUCAAAGUUCAAUUUCUGAUAGGGACUGAGAUUUUUAGUAAUUCUAAAAUCCAGCUCCUUUAUUGUCAUUCAGUAGAACAAAAAACCAUGGGCAGCAUUAGGAAAGAGCAUGAUGAUCAAUGAUUUGUUACAUGUGUUUAGCUCUUAACUGUUUACAAAACCCUUCCACAGGUACCAGAGCAGCAGCUGGGAGCUGCGUAGCAGCUGGGAGGGUCGGACCACACUUGAAGGAUACCAAGUGAAAAAAGUGUACAGCCUUAGGUUAAAGCAACCUAUAUAAUUCUUUAGAGUAGCUGGGAAGAUACUAUAGCAUUCUUAGGUAUUUGUAUUUAUUUCUAACUUUGUUCUAGGUUUAUAUCAUAUUUAAAUAAUGCCCUAAUGCUUGUUUGUACCUACCCUAAACUGUUUUAAUAAACAGCUCUAUUUUUAGAGAA